AUGGACUUUGCUGUUGAUUUGAAAUAUAUCUUACAAUGUAAUACAGGAAAUGAUGUUAUCCAUCUGUUAACGAAAGAAAACAACUCGUCCCUUUAUGUGUCCAUCACUCUCCAGAAUGGUAUAACGCUGUAUGAAAUGUACGAUCGAUUCAAUAUCUCCGACGAAGCAGGGAAAUAUCAACUUUUUCUUGCAGGACCUGCCACGGGAACCUUAGGGGACAGUAUGUUUACAACAGGUUAUUCUUACAGAGAUCUGUCUGGGAUGAACUUCUCCACCCCAGACAGAGAUAACGACGUAUGUAGCUGUAACUGUGCUGCUUAUUACACCAGAAGAGGAGGCUGGUGGUUGAACGCCUGUCACGCUGCCUUCCUCAACGGACACUGGGCUUCGGCGGACUGGACCUUACCGUGGUCGCCUACAGUAGAUAGUGGGGCGUCAGUGAGGGGGACUGCCAUGAUGAUCCGGCGUCACUAG